ACCCGUUUUGAUCGUUAUCUUCAGCCCCUCUCCUUCAGCGUUGUCGCCUUUCUUGGUCGCCUCUCCUCCUCCGUCGAUCGUCGCCGCCAUCUCUCUAGUCGAGGUUCUUCAACACAAAUCUUAAGGGUCUCUCGUCGCUGCCGAGGUUUAAGUCAGACAUCGUCGGCGGCGCUCUCUCGUCGGCUGCAAAAGUAAAGACUUGGAGGUUUCCGUUUUUACAAUUACUUAGAAUUGCGGCACUUAACACAUGGAUGAUGAGAUACGGGGAUGUUCUACAAGAGAGGACAGCGACGAUGAAGCCUUUUUGCAAAAUAGUAGUGACGAAGAGGAACAUCACUUUUCGGCUGGUUCCAUGCCCAAAUUGCAGUUUCGGGCCGUGAAAUCCAAGGCUAGGUGGAAAGAUGACAUGGGAAUGGCAGAAGUUAUUGAAAAGAAAGGCAAAUUGUGGGUAACAACUGGAAUCAUUCGUGAAGGCAGGACAUAUUGUUCAAUUGAGGAGACUCUGUAUUUGAUGGAAUUAGGAGCGUUACAUCUCUUGGAUAACUGUGAUAUAUGCAUACGUCUAACAGACAUAUACAGGAAGGCUGCAGGCAGGGAGGAUGGAUGCUGUUGGGAGCUGUUUGAGGCCUACAAGCACCUUAAAUCUCUUGGUUACAUAGUUGGACGGCAUGGUGUUUCUUGGAGUAUGAAGGAUAUUUCAAAAACUGUCCAUAAACCUGCUGCUCUUGAAGUCACUGAAGAAAACAAUCAAUCAGAAGACAUGGGUUCCAGAGAUGAGCAAUCCUUAAAUGAGUUGUUCAGUGAGAUGCAUAUUAACGAAUUGAGGCCGGAUUUUGAUGUUUAUCUCCCAAAUAACAAGUUUCGGAAGACUUCUCCUGGUGAUCCAAGUUUUCUGCUCCACUUGUCCAGGGGCCAUCCACCAUCAAGAGCAGAAAUUGAAGUCCUCGAGAAACAAUGCGGUGAGAUUCCUCUAAAAAUUUCUCUGGUUGAGGAUGGGCGGGUCAGUUUCUUUUCGUUUGACAAAGUGGAACUUCCUGUACUUCCCUGAAUUGUAUUUUAGUAUUUUAUUUAUUUCUCCCAAUUUUGUUGUUAUUGGCUUAGCGGAAAUUAGAAAAACAAUUAGUUUAGAUACUUGUGAAGCUGGAUAGUUAUGAGCAUUGAGAUAAGCUUUGUUCAGGUAGAUCCUUCAGUGGAACAGUUACUCUGCUCUGUUUCACAAAGCUAUGAAUGCUCUGUUGGCAAUAUGCAUAUUAAUAUCAGUAUUUUAGUUUGCGCCA